UGGGGGUGGGGGUGGGUGGGAGGUAAGGAGGGGGCACUAUGCUCGCAGGCGGGAGUCCCUCCGGAAGCAAGCGGCGUUGGGAAGUUGUGGGAGCUGGGGCUGAGUCUUGGAAGCAGGAGGUGAAGAAGGAUGGGCUUUUGGGGGGACCCCAGGAAGAUGUACCCGUAGUAAAGCUUUUUACUACGGGGGCUGGCUUCGGGGAUCCCUUAGGGCGUGGCUGUGCUGUGUCCUGACAGGAGAGGUGCAGAGCGGCUGACUCUUUCCUGGGACCUAAGCGCAGGGGCAUCUGCAGAAGCUCAAAGGAGGUACCUCAAACUAGGAUUCCUACGGUCACCACCGAGAAGUCACCACCACUGCGCAGCUCCAAGGCUGGGCUGGUGCACUGAGACUCAGGGAGAGGACAGGCAGGUCAGUGCCAGAGUGCUCCCAUAGACACCUGGACUGAGCGCCGGGCCCCGCCCCACGUGCCACACUUUAAAGAGCCUCAAGGCCGGGUGCUCCCUCAGGGUCGCGGUCGCGGUCGCGGUUGGUCAUGGAGGGCACGCCCGCAGCCAACUGGAGUAUCGAGUUGGACCUCGGGAGUGGAGUGCCACCAGGGGCGGAGGGUAACCUCACGGCCGGGCCGCCACGACGCAACGAGGCCCUGGCGCGCGUGGAGGUGGCGGUCCUGUGUCUCAUACUGUUCCUGGCUCUGAGUGGCAACGCGUGCGUGCUGCUGGCGCUGCGUACGACGCGCCACAAGCACUCGCGCCUCUUCUUUUUCAUGAAGCACCUGAGCAUCGCCGACCUGGUGGUGGCCGUGUUCCAGGUUCUCCCGCAGCUGCUGUGGGACAUCACCUUCCGCUUCUACGGGCCCGACCUGCUGUGUCGUCUGGUCAAAUACUUGCAGGUGGUGGGCAUGUUCGCCUCCACCUACCUGCUGUUGCUGAUGUCGCUCGACCGCUGCCUGGCCAUCUGCCAGCCGCUGCGCUCACUGCGCCGCCGAACCGACCGCCUGGCGGUGCUGGCGACGUGGCUCGGCUGCCUGGUGGCCAGCGUGCCGCAGGUGCACAUUUUCUCGCUGCGCGAAGUGGCGGACGGCGUCUUCGAUUGCUGGGCGGUCUUCAUCCAGCCCUGGGGACCCAAGGCCUACGUCACGUGGAUCACGCUCGCCGUCUACAUUGUACCGGUCAUCGUGCUGGCCGCCUGCUAUGGUCUCAUCAGCUUCAAGAUCUGGCAGAAUCUGCGACUCAAGACGGCAGCCGCGGCGGCAGCUGCCGAGGGGAGUGACGCAGCCGGUGGAGCUGGCCGUGCGGCGUUGGCACGGGUCAGUAGUGUCAAGCUUAUCUCCAAGGCCAAAAUCCGCACAGUGAAGAUGACCUUCAUCAUUGUUCUGGCCUUCAUCGUGUGCUGGACGCCUUUCUUCUUCGUGCAGAUGUGGAGCGUCUGGGACGUCAAUGCGCCCAAAGAAGCUUCUGCCUUCAUCAUUGCCAUGCUCUUGGCCAGCCUCAACAGCUGCUGCAACCCAUGGAUCUACAUGCUCUUCACGGGCCAUCUCUUCCACGAACUCGUGCAGCGCUUCCUCUGCUGCUCUGCUCGGUACCUGAAGGGCAGCCGGCCUGGAGAGACGAGCAUUAGCAAGAAAAGCAACUCCUCCACCUUCGUCCUGAGUCGUCGCAGCUCGAGUCAGAGGAGCUGUUCUCAACCAUCCUCGGCAUGAGCCAUAGGCCUGGCCCACCAGGCCAGCCGCUGGGUGGUGUAGCCGCCGAUCUUCCCCUCUGGUGGCUGUGCAUGGAGCUGUAUAUGGUGCCUAUUGAUUGGUUUGCAUCCCUCCUGUCCUUGGGCUGGUUAGAUUCUGUGUCAUAUUCUGACUUGGGGUAGGGAAAUGUCUCCAUGGGAGAUGACAGGGUCACUCAGCCAUCAGAGGAUCACCUGGACUCCCACCUAUUUCUACUACCCUGACUCAAGUGUUCCUGGGCAGUGGGUAGAUUCUCCUGCACCUCACUUCUGUCCCCUCCACCCCUUGUUUAUCCUGGUAUCUUGUGAAAGACGGCACACCUAGGAUUGGUGACCAGUUACCUGAGGAAGUCCAGUGGGAUGAGACAAGGAGUGGGAAAUGAGGCUGCAGACGCAGAGUGGUGCUAAUUUCCUUCUGACCUGAGUUGUGUGGACAGAUCUUAGCAUCCUUAGGACAUCCCAGAAAGCAUUUGGAGCUGGAAACUGAGCCGUGAAGCCACCUGGCUCUGGAAGGAAUGAGAACGAGGGCUGAAAGGUUGAAGAUGUUGUUGCUUGACAAACAUUUGGGAAGGAAAAGGAAAUGAGAGCCACCCAGGACAGACGAGGGAGGAGAGCUGUCUGUACACACACUGAUCCAUGCAUAUGUGAUCCUAGGAGCGCUCACACACAUGCAAGUAGUCUCUCUCUCUCUCUCUCUCUCUCUCUCCCCCCCCAUCUCUUCCCAGAGCUGACAGAUGAGAAGCAAGGUUAGUGUCAGAUCAAUGUACAGAGAUCGUUUAUAUUUCCUUAUACUGCUGGUGACCAAUGGGAAGGUGAAGUAAGGAGCGCCCACCCAUAAAAGUCCCAGACUGAGUAAAGGAAGGCUAGGGCUAACAGAGAAAACAGAGCAAGCCCAUGCCCUGAAGGCUGCAAAUAGGCACUUGGGGAACGUUAAGGAGACUAGAUAAAUGGGGCCACCUUGUGCUUGUGAAUCAGAGACGUAAUAUUAUUGGACAGAUUUGAUGUAAUCCUCAUCAAAUUCCUAGCUGGCUUCUGCAGAAAUUGAUAAAGUGAUCCUAAAAUUCCCAAGGAGAUGGGGAUUGGGGUGCUUAAGAUGCUUAGGAAUUUGUGAUGGGUGCACAAUUCUGAGAACGUAUUUAAAAUUAAUAAAGCAAACUCCAGCGGCUGAGGAGAUGGCUCACUCAGAGAAGUAAAUGUGUGCUGAGUGAGUGUAAGGACCCAACUUCAGCACCCAGCAUCCCAUCCAUGUAGACACCAGGCUCAGUGAGCCUUAACCUCAGCCCUGGGGUGAGGUGGGGGUGACAGAUGAUCCUGUCAGAGACUUGCAAGGCAGCCAGCCUAGCAGACUUCAAGCAACUUCAAGUUCAGCAAGAGACUCUAUCUCAAGACAAAUAACUCAGUAAAUAAAAAUAAGGUGGAGAGUGAUGGAAGAAAACACCAGAAGUCGACCUUUGGUCUCUACACGUAUAUAUGGCUAUACAGCAUACACACACUUACAUGCAAGCAGACACACACACCUAUGCAUACAUGCAUGCACACACACACACACACACACACACACACACAUGCACACGCACGCACAAAACCAUUAAACUAUAUACACUUGAAAAUGUGAAAAAAGUUCAAGAGCCGAGUUCUGGGAAAACCACAAUGAUGGAUGGACUUCUUGACCUAUCUUCCUUGAGUGCAGUUUCCCAUGUGACUCACCACCUCCGAGUGUCUGCAGCAGAGGCGGGCUCUGUUCUGGCCUGUGGAAGCAGUGAGCACCCCCAUCUGGCUUUGCCGAAGGCCCGAAGGCCCGAGGGAUGCUCCACCAUUGUGGCCUGUCUUCUUUAGAACAGCACUUCCCCAGGAGUCUUAAAGGUUUUGUUUAUCAGAUAAGCAUGCUCUCAAAUGUCCUCUCAGUCUUGAGGACAGGAUAUGAGUCUGUCUCAGAAAUACCUUUGACCAUUAAAUAUAGGUCACAACUGAAUAGUGGCUUUCUGCCUGUGUCUGGUCACUGUGCACUCUGGAGUCCCUUUGAAAUACCCAGACUUAAUUCUGGACUUACUGAAAUAUAUCAAGGGCGCUUCCAAAAAGCCUAGAAUCUGUAGAUCCACUUUGUUAACUGCCCACCUCCCAUACUUCUGAACACAUUUUCUUCUGCUAUGCUGCAGUAUUUGCCCAAACCCAUACAUGUACCUGUAUGCGCACACAUGCACAAAUGAAUAUGAAACAGUGCAGUUGAGUGUUUAGGAAGAAGGAAGCCACGUGCUACAGUGCCCAUGUUCAACAUCCACAACUUAGGGCAAGCUGGUUGACACCAGCUGGAGAUAGGAGGCAGUGUCAUUUUUGGACCCAGGGACAUUAACCCUCAUGCAUACAGUGUCACACCAGCUUGUCCCAGCUCUUUGAGAAGCUAGCACGAUUCUGCUUUAGGGUGUCUGCCUAUGUCCUAGACCAUCCUGCUCGCCUGGGUGAUGGCAGGCAUGGCAGUAGCCUGUUAGCAUCUGUGUCUUGCAGGUGCUCUGAUUCCCUGCUAUCCACAGAGAAGUUGCUAUCCUUAGGGCCAAAAGGUGUCACUAGGGGUCAAGGGAAGGAGUGACUCAGAUAUUCUGACCAUGGACACAGUGUUCCGGAGAGCCCCAGAGGGCAUAGAAACCUGCUGUUGUCAGUCUCCAUGAAAGCUCUAGCUGGUACCUUGGGUCUUGUCCUGACACCCGUAUCUGUGACAUAAGUGACAGUUGACUUCACCAGCAACAUUGGAUUGGCACCUUACUGUCCUAAUCGCACAGGAAAAAAUUUUUUUUUUAUCAUUUUUUUCAAUUGUUAUCUCCCCAAUGAAAGCUGAGGAUCUCUAGGGGUUCAAAACACCCACUCCCAGUCCUGUGACCUGUGUUCUUCUUCCUCAGAUUCCACACCUGACAUCCCCAGUGCCCCUUCCAUUUUCCAGCCUGUUUACAAUCCAUGUGCAGGGUUGAAAGUUGUGUUAAACUGGAGCUGAAUGUUCUGGAAUGUUUCGUUGUUCUGACCAUGAAGAGUCAGUGUGCAAACUGUGAGAGUCACUUAGGCCCUGCCAGAAAAGAGUCUCCAUUUAAAACUCUGUGUCUCCUUUUGGGACAAAUCUGAGCCAUCACUUCAGAGAGCACAGGAGGAUGUCAGUGCAGGCUGCCGGCUGAUGGUCCCAGCUUUCAGCAUGUACCUUUGGUAUUCAAUUGCAAUGAGAUGCCCCUCAGCACACAGUGUGAACUCCUUGAUAAUGUGAUUUCAUGGACACUCGUGUGGUGCCCAGUGUCCCCUGCGUCUGGUGAGUGACACAGCCAAUUCUGAAAUGCCUGCUUUACCAGCUGCUGCUCCAUAAAUGGUGCACUUAAUAAACAUUUUUUUUCUGUA